AUGGUCAUGAUGAAGCGGGGCAGCGUGUUGCCAGCAUCCGUUGUUGAGGAGAUCUUGACGUCUGCCGCCGCCGCCAGCGCCGAGGCACCCAACCGAGCUCUCAAGAGGCGUGUGCGGCAGCGUCUGCACAAGAAGCUCGGGUCCAUGUUGACGGCGGAAGAGUUUGAGAAGGCCAUGAACCGCUACAGCGCGAUGGAAGAGGAGGCCAGCAAUCUCUCGCAGGCAUCGGCUUCUCCGUCCAGCAACGAGUCCGAGUCACCAUGCGCGGCGAUGUUGCCAAACCUUUCCGCCGGAAAUUCCCCCAACAUGUGCCCAACCGGCAACGCUCCGCAGACCUUCAUUGCAGUGCCCAUGAUGAUGCCGCUAGUGACCACCAUGCCGGUUCAUCAGCCCCAGCCCAUGCAGCCCGUGCAGCAGGCAAUGGGACAGAUGCAGCCGAUGCAGCCCAUGCUGCAGCCCAUACAACCUGUGCAGCCCAUGGGACCUAUGCAGCCCAUGGGACCCAUCAUGCAGCCUUUGCGUCCUGCCCAGCCCAUGCAAGCCAUGCAGGCGCAGCCCAUGCCAGUCAUGCAGGCAAUGCAGGCGCAGCCUAUGCCUGCGCCGGCCAUGAUGCAGCUCCUGAGUACUGAUGCCCCAGCUCCGUCCCCUAAGUCCCAGAAUAUGCAAGUCGACGAGGUCUCCGAGGACAUCUCACAGACAGCCUCAACCAUCGCGGACGACAACGGUGACGACGAUGACGAUGACCUGGAGAGCAUCAGCGAGCUGAGCACGGAGUGGGCUCGUGCAGUAUCUCAGGGAUCUUCGGAAUUUCCGGUGGAGCGCACUUUCAUUCAGUUCCACACCCGGGUGUCUGGUUCGCACCGACGAUCGCGGUCCGUGUAG